AUGUCUCCUGUUGCAAUGCCUGUAGUUUCGGAAUCUCAUUUUACUCCAUUCAUAGAAGCUUUACGCACAGCACCCACGGCUCCAGAUGCGAAGGCUGCCGCGGAUCGCCUUGCUCGCGAGGUCUCGAAAAUGGGUUUCGAGGCUCUCAGCGAUGCACAAAUCAUCCCCACCCUACAUGUUUUCGCGGGUAACAAAAAGUCGGGCUACGAGCGCGAAUCAGCCAUGGUAGCCUUCCAGUCACUGGCCACUGUGCUCGGUGCUCCCGUUGCGCCUCUGCUGCUUCCGUCUCUCCAGGUCAUCUUCGAAAUGUACAUGGACAAAGGCGACGUGGUCCGCUCCGCGGCUAGCGCGGCUGUGAAAGCCAUCCUGAAGCUCUUUCCCCCCGAGUCCACGAGAGUCCUCUUCCGCACUCUAGAAGGCAUCCUUGAGGAUGGGAAGUGGAGGACGAAAGUUGGCGUCCUCGACUCUAUCAGGACUUUCUCAAACUCAGCGCGGGACGCAGUAGCAAACGAGCUUGGGAACACAAUCCCGAAAGUAGAAGCCGCUAUGCACGACACGAAGCAAGAGGUUUCUACGGCGGCAAACAAGUGUGCGACUGCGUUGUGCGCAACUCUGGCCAAUCCGGACCUGAGCCCGCAUAUCCCAUCGCUCGUCAAGUGUAUGGCCAAUCCAGACUCGGUACCUGGUUGUAUCAAGUCUCUCUCGUCUACCACAUUCGUGGCUGAAGUCACCGCCCCGGCAUUGGCGGUGCUCGUCCCGCUCCUCAUCCGUGCUCUGAACGAUAGGUCAAUGGAGGUCCAGCGCCGGACUGUCGUUGUCAUCGAUAACCUGGUCAAAUUGGUGCGCGACCCGAACGUUGCUGCAACCUACCUGAGCCCUCUCGUGGAUGGUGUUGAGAAGAUCGCAAAGGGCGCCGCCUUCCCUGAGGUCCGGGCAUUCGCCGAGACUGCUUUGAACACGCUGUUGAAGUCGGGCGCAUCGAAGGAGGGACCGCCUUCCGCGGAACGCGACAUCGAAGGCGAAAAGUCGACUGCUUCGACUGCCCUACUCACCCUUCUGCCAGCAGAUCUUGCAGCUGCAUCUUCAGAUGCGCCUAAUGGUCCACAUACGCCGCGUCACCCGCUUCUCGUCCAGAUCUUGAACUUCGCGGCAUCCCUUGUCGCCGACUUGGUACAUGAUAGGCGUUUCGGAGACAAGGCUGUCUGGCAUCGUUGCGUCGGCGUCUACCUCACCCCGUGGCUGUCUGGCGACGUUGAUGCCGCGACUGCCUUCUCGGAAGCCGUUCGCUCCCACUUCCUGGCGAUCGACCACGCGAAGUACGCGACGACAGACGAUGACAGUGGAGAAGAGGGCGAGUUGCUUUGCGACACGCAGUUCUCGCUCGCAUAUGGGGCUCUUCUUUUGCUGUCACAUACACGUCUGCGACUAUUCCGUGGCCGUCGUUACGGCAUCCUGGGAACGAAUGGGUCAGGCAAGUCGACCCUCAUGCGGCAACUGCGAGACGGAAAAGUGGAGAACUUCCCGCCUCAGGACCAGCUGCGCUGCGUCAUGGUCGAACAUUCGUUGCAAGGCGAGGACACUUCCGCCUCCGUGAUCGACUUUGUUGCCUCUGACAAGGCUCUCUCUGAGAUACCGCGCUCCAAAAUUCGGGAUCAGCUGUUGGAGGUCGGUUUCGACGACAGUCGACAGGCCGAGCUUGUCGGGGGGCUCUCCGGCGGAUGGAAGAUGAAGCUAGAGCUUGCCAGGGCCAUGCUUUACAAUGCUGAUCUACUCCUACUUGAUGAGCCUACGAACCAUCUGGAUCGCGCCUCCGUUCAAUGGCUUGAACAAUACCUCAUUGCGCAGAAGCAUAUUACUUGCCUCAUCAUCAGUCACGACUCUGGAUUCCUCGAUACAGUCACGACUGAUAUAGUCCAUUACGAGAGCAAGAAGCUUGCGUACUACAAAGGCAAUCUAUCAACAUUCGUGGAGAAUCACCCUGAAGCCAAGUCAUACUAUACUCUCGCCGCAACAUCUGUCAAGUUCUCGUUCCCGCCGCCCGGGUCCCUCAUGGGUGUCCGCAGUAAUACUCGGGCCAUUCUCAAGAUGACAAAUUGUACUUUCACAUACCCGGGGCGCACUACACCCAGUCUUUUCAACGUCAGCUGUGCGCUUUCUCUGUCAAGUCGUGUCGGUAUUGUUGGGCCAAACGGCGCUGGGAAGUCUACGCUUAUCAAGCUGCUGACGGGUGAGACUGAGCCGCAGGAGGGCACUGUGUACAAGCAUCCUGCCUUGCGUAUCGGUUAUGUCUCUCAGCAUGCGACGCAUCACAUAGAGCGUCAUCUAGAGAAGACCCCAGUACAGUACAUACAAUGGCGUUUCCAAGAUGGCCAUGAUAGGGAAAUUUUGGAAAAAGUCACUCGCAUCCUGACCCCCGAGGAGCAAGCACAGCUCGACGCCGACUUUGUUGGCAAGAAUGGUCAGAGACGCAAACUUGAGAUGAUCAUGGGUCGUCAAAAGUUGAAGAAAUCAUUCCAGUACGAGAUCAAGUGGCGUGGUCUCGACCAUCGGUUCAAUACCUGGAUACCAAGAGACGAACUUCUCGAGAAAGGGUUCACCAAGGUUGUGCAGCAAUUUGACGACCUGGAGUCCUCCAGAGAGGGUGCUGGUCAGCGUGAUACGUCCGCUCACCUCGUCCGGAAGCACCUCGAGGACAUUGGUCUGGAUGGUGACAUCGCACAAUACAAUGAGAUCUCUGGCUUAUCAGGAGGCCAGAAGAUCAAGCUUGUCAUCGCUGCGUGUCUUUGGAACAACCCUCAGAUUUGUGUCCUAGAUGAGCCUAGCAACUUCCUGGACAGAGAAGCGUUGGGCGGAUUGGCGGUGGCCAUCCGUGAAUGGGCCGGAGCUGUCGUGAUUAUAUCGCACAACAAUGAGUUUGUGACCGCUCUCUGUCCUGAGAUCUGGAACGUCGAUGUCGGUCGUUUAACUCAGAAGGGCAAAGCUGCCGUGGUGGAGGAUGCCUUCGCUGUGAAGUCGCCGAAAGGCAGUGGGGCAAACACGCCUGCGCGCUCCCGUCUGCAGACGCCUGCAGGUUCCACUGCGGCCACUCCUGCGGGAAGCGGGGCAGAAGACAAGUCCGGCGCUGGUACACCUCCUAUCAAGAAGAAGAAAAAGAUGACUCGUAACCAAAUGAAGGCCCAGGAGGAACGACGGAGGCUGCGCAAGUUGCAUUGGCUUACGCACGGUGGCACGAAGCCCGAAGACACGGACAGUGAUGCCUGA